CACGUAAUUGAAUUUAGUUUAAUCUUUGUAUGAAUUUGUCAGCCCAGAAGCCGUACUUCUUUUGCUACAUUAUCGCAAAGUAACUCCAAAUUAACUCCAAAUUAGCUUCCUGACAUUCUUCUCCCCUACCUUUGAGUGUGAAUUGCGUCUUGUACUACCACAAUGUCUGAACAAAGUGAUAAUAUGGUCAAUGCGUACCUAGACGUCACAGACAAUCAGCUUCCUAUUCGUCAAUUGGCUCAAAAGCAUGGAGUUCCUUAUAUAACGUUGAACCGACGACUCAACAGUAUCUAGCAUUGCUUCAAGACUCUGUAAACUGAGUGUAAAGAAGCAGGGCAAAAAGACCCUGUAGGGAAAAACUGGAUUUCUCGCUUCAAAGCUAGAAAGCCGACAUUCGAGCCAAAGUAAGCAAGAGAAUGGAAGGCGCUCGCUUUCACGGGUUUACUCCCAAAGCCGCCAACUGGUGCUUCAAUAUAAGGGAGAAAGAAUACGACUGGAUCAGGCCUAAGCUCACCUUCAACGUCGAUAAGGCCGGCAUUAUAGCGGGCUUUGGUGAGCGUACCUACCUUCUCUUACAGGGGACAUCAGAGACGAAGAAAGCCUACCUAAAAAGCGACCAAGGUCGAGGCUGGUCUCCACCAUCAUCGAAUGCAUCAGUGCCGGGGGCCUCGUACUCGACCCGGGCAUCAUUUUUAAAGGGAAAGGCCUUCAAACAUCGUAGUUUGAAGAGGAAAUGUAGAAAAUCUGCAACUGGCGCUUCUUUACUACAGAAAAGGGCUGGACUGAUAACCACAUAGCGAUCAGCUAGCUCGAGGAUAUUUUCAUUCCACAAACCGACAGGCUCCUGGACUACGAGAAUGAGGCUCGGCUGCUUAUUCUUGAUGGCCACGGUAGCCAUAUAACUCUA